CGCUGCGCCGUCCGCUGGUGCCGGUGCUCCCGGGGGCCGCCGACUCUCUUCUGGGCGGCCGUGGUCUCCGUGGUCACUUGGUUCUCGCCCAGCGCUUUCGGUUCUCGGAAGAGCAGGGAGCGGAGGGGGCGGUGCUGGAGGUCUGCGUUCCGCAGGUCCUGCAUCUCCAGUAUGGCAUGUACGUUUGGCCCUGUGCUGUGGUCCUGGCCCAGUACCUGUGGUUUCACAGAAGAUCUCUACCAGGCAAGGCUAUCUUAGAGAUUGGAGCUGGAGUGAGCCUUCCAGGAAUUACAGCUGCAAAAUGUGGUGCAGAUGUAACACUGUCAGACAGUUCAGAGCUGCCUCGCUGUCUGGAAAUCUGUCAGCAAAGCUGCCGAAUGAAUAGCCUGCCCCAGGUACGCGUCAUAGGACUAACAUGGGGCCACCUGUCACGGGACCUCCUGGCUUUGCCACCACAAGAUAUCAUUCUUGCAUCUGAUGUGUUCUUUGAACCAGAAGAUUUUGAAGACAUUUUAACUACAGUUUAUUUUUUGAUGCAGAAGAACCCCAAGGUCCAAUUGUGGUCUACUUACCAGGUGAGAAGUGCUGACUGGUCACUCGAAGCUUUGCUCUACAAGUGGGAUAUGAAAUGCGUCCACAUUCCUCUGCCAUCUUUUGACGCAGACAGAGACAACAUAGCAGAAUCUGCCCUCCCAGGGAGACACACUGUUGAAAUGUUGGUCAUCUCCUUUGCCAAGGAUGGUCUCUGAACUACACCAACAAGCUGUUUUGGGACAGUGUCAACACCAAUUAGCAACCCGGCUUGCCAACUGGGACCCAGACCACUUCAGCCUCUUGGACAAUAGAAGCAGCGGAACUGAAGAUGGUCCAAACCGUUGGCCUUAGAUUGGGGUGGGUCACCUAGACAACAUUCAUGGGCUACGUAGCCAUUAAACAAAUUAAAACACCUAUUAAGAAAAGGA